AUGGGGCCUGGUGAUUGUAAUGAACAUAAUUCCCAAAAGGGUCGUCCUAGUCAACUUAAACAGCAAAAUCGGCUUAAAUCUCCGAUAACUGAAUUAGAAGGAGGUUUAAUCAAAGAAGGAGACAGGAUGUUGCUUGUUUGGUUUCAAAUCUUACUUUUAUUGUGCAUCGCAUCUACUGUUAAAUCUGAACCAGCUCCAACAGGGUUUGACAGGCAGGACAGAGAUUAUCGGCCACUUCAGUUCGGUAAACGAGAUGGCUAUCGUCCAUUACAGUUCGGCAAAAAAAGUUUUCGACCAUUGCAGUUUGGCAAGCGAGGCAACAAUGAUUUUCCUGACUAUUUAUAUUAUUAUUAUUAG